AUGGCAGCUAAAAAGACAAAGUUUCUACUCCUUUUCUUCUUGGUUUCAACAAUCCUAUUGACUGCGAAAGCAAGCCAAGAAGAGUCCAGCCGUAACACACAUGAUGGCAGUAGUGAAGUUAAUGUCUCUGGAAUCGUCAGUGCCCUUGAAGAGAAGGGUUAUAAGGCGAUGUCAUCGACUCUGAACAACUCUCUAACUAGCCUAUUAUCAAACCAAAACGCCACCAGUUUUACCAUAUUUUGCCCAACUGACGUUGCCUUCGCCAGUUUGAGAGAAGUGCAGUCUCCAAUGACGUCCCUUGGGUACCACGUUUCACCCUAUUAUCUUCCAAGAGAGGAUCUAGAGUUAAGAACAGAGACUCUUCGAAUGUAUUCAGGAAUCAAUACACUCCUUCCUGGGAAUUCUCUUGUGGUGACUUCUCAAGUACCUCAUCUUCAUUCGGAGUCCGACUUCGAGGCUGAACUCAACCUAGUUAAGAUCGUUGAUUGGAACAUCUACAGUGAUGGACAAGUCAUUGUUCAUGGAAUUCUAGACUUUUUCGAUCCUGCAGCUCAAGCAAUUAUAUUUCCAUUAGGGGUGCACAUGGGUCGGGUUGGGUCGGGUUUAGGAACUUCCUCUCACCUAGCUAUGGCGCGACCACAACUAAGGCGCCUGGACGCCCGGGCGUCAAUCUGGCCCACGGUCAUUCCCUCUUAG